AUGCAAGCCGCCGCGGGUUUCCAUAGCCAGGUUGCUUCGGCCAAGUGGUCCGACCUUCCAUCCGAGCUGUGUGAAGAAGUCUUGCUCAGCUGCAGUACGCUCGAGUCGUUUGUCCGUCUCGGCCGUGCCAGUUCGCAGAUGUAUUCGAUCAUGGCGGAUCCGAAUGUCAAGGCCAAGUGGCUGAUUCGGAGAUUUGGCCUCAGCCAAGUGCUCAAAUACGACGACAUCCUGGGCCAUCCGCUCAUGAGAGCCGAGGUCGUCGAAUGCAUGCUCAACCGCGGCGCGCACUUCAAUCAACUCUCCGACCUCCUGCACUUCCGCGACUGCUCUCCAAGCCAGGCAGCGGCCCGGUGCUUGGCCUUCCAGAACCAGCCGCGGAAGCGUCCGCUGCAUCUCCUCAACUGGCUGAUCGAGCAGGACCGCCCGACCUUGAUCCACUGCUACCACCGACAUGACUCAAGUAAUCUGAUGGAGGGCAACGGCCUGGCGCUCUACGACGCCAUCGGUGGAGGCAAGGUGCGGGCCUGCCAGGCCUUGAUCGAGUGCGGAGCCGACGUCAACAUCAACGACGGCGAGCUCCUGCGACUGGCCGUUGGCUCUGGAAACGAGAGGAUGGCUCGGUUUCUGGUCGACCGCGCCGGCGCCAAGGUCGUCAGCCGGCCGUUCUCAUGGGCCACUGCUGCCCGAGACAACGCCAUUGGGCUGCUUGAAUGGGCCCGGUCGCUUGGCUUGGACCUGCAUUUUGGUGCCGAGGAGGCCCUGAUCGAAUGCUGCACCCACGGGUCGCUGCGAGGCGCCCGGCUUGCCCUGGAUAUGGGGUCAAGUCCAGACGCCCAGAACGCAUUGCCGUUGCGGCGGUCGGCCGAGCGGGGGCACUGGUCCAUUGUGGCGCUGCUGCAACAAUCCGGAGCCGACCUGGAGCUGGCAAGACGGUACGGCGGGGCGACUUUCAUGGCCCUGAUGGACGAGUGUCAGACCAAGACAGCAAGAGGCGAGAUCGGGGGCGACAAUCCAAGCAACGGCACAAGUCCCAGUAGCAUCAACAUCAGCAACAGCAGCACCAACAUCGGCAGCAGCCCGGCUGCCCGUUACGAGUUUGGUCUCGUUUCAGGACGGAUCGCUGCUGUCCGAAGCAUUACUAGACUGUAA